GUUAAGUACGAAAUGCUUCCAGUGCAAAUAAUUGGAACCAAAUUGACUUGGGAGUGCUUUUAUGAAAAAGAUUACCUAAAUUAUCGAUACCAUGCCAAAAGAUUCCUUUAUCUCUGCAAAAUCAAGGAACAGCUGAAACAAUCUCCUUUAAUCAGAGCUGUGAGGUGGUCUAGUUUCCAAAAUGAAGCUCGGAAACCUAUAUUACUUAUCUAUCCAGCUGUUAAGCUUAUUGGAAAUGCUGAAUUUGUUGUGAGAAUAAUUCCUACUGCAACAUCUUUGUUCAGUGCAACAAAACUUCGCUUGGAGCGAAACAAUAUCCGUAAUCUCAAACAAGGAGAUGCUUUACAAGCAACACCAAGGUACAAUAAUAGUAUAUUGGAGGACAUGUUUCUUGAGGGUAAUGCAGAAUUUGUCAAAAGAACUUUCUCUGGAUGGAAAGAAUUGGGAGAAGCCUUGAUACUGCUAAAAGUGUGGGCUCGGCAGAGGAGUUCAAUCUACGCCCAUGAUUGCUUAAAUGGGUUUCUAAUUUCUGUAGUAUUGGCCUUCCUUGCAACAAAGCCUGGGAGGCAUCAUAUAAACAGUUCCAUGAAUACAAUGCAGAUAUUUCGCAUCACAGUGGACUUCAUCGCCACCUCUAAGACAUGGGAUAAAGGGCUUUUUAUUCAGCCCCAGCAUGAAAAAGCUUCAAACAAGGUUAAUUGCUUUGCUAUGUUUGGUGAUUACAAGUUACUUGAAGAAGAUAUACUUACCAAAAAGAAGUGUGCUAGAGACUAUAAAAAGAU